GCCAUAUAGAAAAUCUAGUCCAAAGAUGGGGCUUAUAAAAGGGAAUAAUAGCAAAGCUUUUCUCUCAGCCAAAACAUAAAUCCUAUUUGACUUAAACUCAUCAUAGUAACAACUGUUGUUUCUACUUAUUAGUUGACUCAACAAGUUAAUUACACUAUCAAAUAAGCAAUACCAUGUUGGUGGAACUUGCAAUCACUUUAUUGCUUAUUGCUCUGUUUUUACACUUGCGACCAACACCAACAGCUAAAUCAAAAGCUCUUCGACACCUUCCCAAUCCACCAAGUCCCAAACCUCGUCUUCCUUUUGUUGGUCACCUUUACCUUCUGGAUAACCCUCUUCUUCACUACUCUCUCAUUCGUCUGGGAGAACGUUACGGGCCUUUGUAUUCUCUCUACUUUGGUUCCAUGCCUACUGUUGUUGCCUCCACCCCUGAACUAUUCAAACUCUUCCUUCAAACACAUGAAGUUGUUUCCUUCAACACAAGGUUCCAAACCUCUGCCAUUAGACGACUCACUUAUGAUAACUCUGUUGCUAUGGUUCCCUUUGGACCUUACUGGAAGUUUAUUAGGAAACUUAUCAUGAAUGAUCUUCUUAAUGCUACCACCAUCAACAAGUUGAGACCCUUGAGGAGCCAAGAAAUUCAUGAAGUUAUUAAUGUUAUGGCUCAUAGUGCUAAAACUCAAGAGCCACUUAAUGUGACAGAGGAACUUUUGAAAUGGACAAAUAGCACUAUUUCUAGGAUGAUGUUGGGUGAGGCUGAAGAAAUUAGAGAUAUUGCUCGUGAUGUUCUUAAGAUUUUUGGAGAGUAUAGUCUUACUGACUUUAUUUGGCCUUUGAAGAAGCUUAAAGUUGGGAAAUAUGAAAAGAGAAUUGAUGAAAUUUUUAAUAAGUAUGAUCCUAUCAUUGAAAAGGUCAUCAAAAAACGACAAGAGAUUAGGAAAAAAAGAAAGGAGAGAAAUGGAGAACUUGAAGAGGGGGAGGAGAGUGUAGUUUUUCUGGAUACUUUGCUUCAAUAUGCUGAGGAUGAGACCAUGGAAAUCAAAAUAACCAAGGAACAAAUCAAGGGUCUUGUUGUGGACUUCUUCUCUGCAGGGACAGACUCGACUGCUGUGGCGACAGAUUGGUGUUUAUCAGAGCUGAUCAACAACCCAAGGGUGAUGAAGAAAGCUCGAGAGGAGGUUGACUCUGUUGUUGGAAAAGAUAGACUCAUUGAUGAAUCAGAUAUUCAAAAUCUUCCUUACAUUAGAGCCAUUGUGAAAGAGACAUUCCGCAUGCACCCACCACUACCUGUGGUCAAGAGAAAAUGUACGCAAGAAUGUGAGAUCAAUGGGUAUGUGAUCCCAGAGGGAGCAUUGAUACUUUUUAAUGUUUGGGCAGUAGGAAGAGAUCAGAAAUAUUGGGAAAGGCCAUUGGAAUUUCGUCCUGAGAGGUUCUUAGAAAAUGCAGGUUCAAUUGAUCUUAGGGGUCAGCAUUUCCAACUUCUACCAUUUGGGUCUGGAAGGAGAAUGUGCCCUGGAGUCAAUUUGGCUACUGCUGGAAUGGCCACACUUCUUGCAUCUGUUAUCCAGUGCUUUGAUCUCCAGGUACUCGGGCCACAUGGACAAAUACUGAAAGGGGAUGAUGCUAAGGUUAGCAUGGAAGAAAGACCAGGUCUCACUGUUCCAAGGGCACAUAAUCUCAUGUGCGUUCCACUUGAAAGACCCGGUGUCGCUGCUAAACUUCUUUCCUUCUAAAACAUACUGAACAACACAGAAUGUUGCAGUGGUGAAUCUUUGCCACAUGGGUUCAAAGACAUACAUAUAUUAUACAUAUUAUGUCAACUAGUCUCUCUUUGGUAGUAUAAUAGUAUAUGUAAUUUUCUUCCUUUCCUGUUGUUUUAAUCACAAAACAAGUGUUGUAACUGCAUACAAAAUUUAUAAAUUUUAUUGGCAUAUCCAUUAAUAUUAAUAUUAUUGCACUAUUUUCUU